CAAACGCAAAUGGCUGUCUCUACCAGUAGCUCCAGUGCCUUCCUCUUCCUCACUCUACUCUGUUUUGCUACAACUCUCCCGUCACCUGCCAACGCGAGGCAUUUCCCUCGCAAGGAUGGCAGUACCAGCGCCAUCAACAGCGUCCGCAUCAAGUUCUCCUGGCCUUUCUCAAGGGACGGUGCCGGCAGCGGCCAUGGCUCCGGCGACGGCCACGGGUUCGGCUGGGCCGUGUCGCGCAACGGGUCCGACACGACGAUCGGGCUCGGCGGUGGCAUCGGGGGAGGCGUAGGAAGCACCCGUGACGGAGACGGGAGCAGCGCCGGUGGCGGCGUCGGCGUGGGGGUCGGCAUCGACGUGGGGAAGAACGGGAUCGACGUGGGCGUUGGCGUUGGGGGAGGCGGCGCCGCGAGCGAGCAGAACCAGGACGGUGGUGUCAGUGUGGGCCUUGGUGGUGGAGCGGGCAUAGGGUUCCAUAUCGGCAAAGGAGGUGUCAGCGUCACGAUGACACACGGUACUGGUGGAGGUGGAGGCGGUGGCGGCAGUGACGGUGCUUCGGGCGGAGGCAGCGGGGUUGGACGGGCAGGCAACGCUGUGGGGAGCGGCCAGGGUUCCGGAAACGCGAGCGGCGGCACGGGGAGUGGCAGCGGAGGUGGAUCCGGCUCCGCACCAGGAGCAACCGGUGGUGGUGGUGGCGGCGGCAUGGGUGGGAGCAGCGGCCAUCCGUGAGGACGAUGUGCUUUUCAUGCAUGUUAGUAGCUGAUUCACGUAGGAAGCAAGCGAGCUAUGACGACUUGGUUCAAUGUGAUAUCUGUAGUGUGUAAGCUUGUAUCGGGUAGCGCGUGCAAAUUGCCAAAUUGUGGGUAGAUCAGCAGGAGUACAAACUAAGCUAUGUCUUCAAGUGUUAACGAAUAAUACACUGAUGUAUGCUUCA